GUAACGUGUAGCUCCUCAGCUCACAUUGUGGACCACAACUUUCACGACUGCACCUCCCAUGACAGCCUUGGAAAACAAGACUAACGAAGACAAACAAACAGGGAAACAGAAGGAAAACAACGGACUCGUAUUGACUGAAAUUGUUAUCGGAAUUUACUGUGGCGCACCGUGCGUAAAAGGCGCACUGGCCACUUCGCUGCGCACUUGAAUUUAGUGGUAACAUUUGAUUGUUUUUAAUUGAAGAUUCCAUUUUGGGAUUUCCAUCCCCAAGGGGCUGAACAAAUCAUGUUAAAAAUGACAGAGGAGCAUGACAAGUGUGUCAGCGACCAGCCGUGCAGUCCAUCGGGCACAAACAGCUCCAUGUCCCAGGACGAGUCCGACUCCGAUGCGCCGUCCUCACCGACAGGCUCCGACGGCCAAGGAUCCCUGCUCACCGGUUUGGGCAAGAAACUGGACUCCGAGGAUGACGACCGGUUCCCAGCUUGCAUACGGGACGCCGUCUCUCAGGUCCUCAAAGGAUACGACUGGUCCUUGGUGCCCAUGCCCGUGAGAGGGAAUGGAUCUCUGAAGAGUAAACCUCACGUCAAGAGACCCAUGAAUGCGUUCAUGGUUUGGGCGCAAGCGGCCCGCAGAAAGCUGGCGGAUCAAUAUCCACACCUGCACAACGCCGAACUGAGCAAGACUCUGGGGAAACUGUGGCGUUUGCUCUCAGAAAGUGAGAAGAGGCCGUUUGUAGAGGAAGCAGAGAGGCUUCGGGUUCAGCACAAGAAAGAUCAUCCAGACUACAAGUACCAGCCCCGGCGACGGAAGAAUGUGAAACCAGGCCAGAGCGACUCAGACUCGGGAGCAGAACUGGCACAUCACAUGUAUAAAGCUGAACCAGGGAUGGGAGGACUGGCAGGGAUUACUGAUGGACACCACCACCCUGAACACACAGGGCAGACCCAUGGUCCCCCUACGCCACCCACUACUCCCAAAACAGACCUGCACCAUGGGGUGAAGCAGGAUCUGAAACAUGAAGGCCGUCGUCUUGUUGACAGCACCAGGCAAAACAUCGACUUCAGCAAUGUAGACAUCUCUGAGCUCAGCACUGAUGUCAUCAGCAACAUGGAGACCUUCGAUGUGCACGAGUUUGACCAGUACCUCCCGCUCAAUGGCCAUGCCUCAGGCUCCUCCACCCUGCCUCCAGACCACAGCCACGGGCAGCCUCCAGCGCCUGGUGGCUCUUACACUUCCUCAUACAGCCACGCGGGUGCCAACGGGUCAGCGUGGAGCCGCAAGACCACCAUGUCCUCAUCCUCUCCCUCUGCCAGCGACGUAGGCCAGCACCGGCUCCACAUUAAAACAGAGCAACUGAGCCCCAGCCACUACAGCGAGCACUCCCACAGGUCACCCUCACACUCCGAUUAUGGCUCCUACAGUAGCCAGGCCUGUGUCACCUCGGCCACGUCAGCUGCCUCAGCUGCAGCGUCUUUCUCUAGCUCCCAGUGUGACUAUACUGACAUCCAGAGCUCCAACUAUUACAACCCUUACUCUGGCUACCCUUCUAGUCUCUACCAGUACCCCUACUUCCACUCAUCCAGGCGGCCCUACGGCAGCCCUAUCCUCAACAGUCUGUCCAUGGCUCCUGCCCACAGCCCCACUGCCUCCAGCUGGGACCAGCCUGUCUACACCACGCUGUCUCGGCCUUAAGGGGACAAGAAACAGCGUCAGUUCGCACCAGAGACUAAUUCAGAUCGAUGCACUACUAAUGAAGGAAGUAAGGAGCAGGUGGAGAAGCGUGUGAAGGGGGUAGUAGGCUACCUGUGACCAUUUGAACGUGAAACAAACAAAAGAAAAAAGUGCCUGCUGAUUUUAUACAAAGUUAUAUUGUUGCGAUGAAAACACACUUGUACAGACUUUUUACACAAAGACAAAUUGUGUUGUGUGGUGAGCCAAACUCCUCCAUGAGGAAAUGUCGCCUACGCCUACAUCCUGUACAUCCCCCCCCCAAUCUUUCCAGUUUAAGAUUGCACGUGUGUGCACACUUGAGGUAAAGCAAAGGCCUGCCACUGAGUUGUGUAGGAGAGAAACGCUUUGGCUCAGUUCUGUUGUGAAGCAGAUGGAGAAGCAGAUACAUUGGAGACGGGACCAAUUAUGUGAAUUUGCAGUAAAAUUUACAUUAAUGGCCAGAGCUAUAUCGAAGCACAUUUGGCCAUUUGCGUCAGUGGAUCAGUCUUAAUUGAAUGGCUCAUAUGAAUCUUAUAGUGUCAUUUUGGCAUAAAAGUCUUAUAUGUAUUUAUGUUCAUGCAUUAUUGGUUUCUUUUUUUGUUCUUAAGUAGAUAAACACAUGUAAUGUGGGGUUGGUUAUUUGCAGUACUGUUUGGCUUUUAAUGAAAAUAAGGUAAAUGAAGUGAAGGGCAGUACAAGUACAAUAAUUUGGAUAUCAUCAUUCCGUUGAAGACCAAUUUCCAGUAACAUCUCCAUUCCAAGUUGCAAGCAAACGUAGCCGGACCAACAGACUCGCACAGGACAGAACAGGUGUCUGAAAGCUAUGCUUGGCAAAUUGCGAUUCGUCAUGAUCUAGGGUUAAAGGAAAUGCGGUAAAAUAACACCACACACUCUGAGUGACAUGUCAGCUGGACCUACGUGGAUGGACAACACACAGAUAUGUGUACGUGUGAAUGUGCAUCAGGGAGAUAAAGUACUUCUGUAUAUGUGAGCCAUUUCCUUGGGAAAGAGUGUCCCAUGACACGAUACACACCAAAUGAUACUUAAAUUACUCUUUGCUGAAUAAGAUCUUUGAACUUCUUCCAUGAUUCAAAGAAGAGUAUUUAGGGUUUAAAGAGAAAAUUAAGAGUGUGUGCGUAUUUGCCCAUAUUUAUCUCAUCAACCAUCAAGUGCCAACUCACUGCUGCAGUCUCGCGCAAAACGUUUUUGUGCCUUCUAAUGCUUAUUGUCAGUAUUUCAAUAUGAAAUUGAAUUAUUAACAAACUUCAGGCAGCACACAAUCAGUAAUCCACACCAGAAACUCCUGCAGUUAACCUGAUUAUAUCCUUGAUUUGAUAUCAUUCCUUACAGCCUUGGUUUGUAAUGUUCUGUGAGAUGCUGUAUGAGAAACGUAUGGAGCGCCAUGUUCCAAGUUUUGUCCACAGAACUGUGUUUUGUAUAUUAUUCUGGUGUAUAAUUUUGAGAAAGGCUGUGAAAAUUAUUGUUGUUCUAUUAACUAGAGUUUCAUUCACACAUGCACAGCUAACCCAUUCGCUGGCCAUUUUUAAAAAAUAAAAGAUUCUUUUUCUGGA